AGAGGCGCUCCUUCGCCCCGGUCCAAACUCCACUCACAAAGCCCGACAUUACAUCUGUCAGACAGGAGACCUGCAUGGACAAAACCGGGACUAAUACCCAUGUUUUCGUGCGUUUCACUGCGAUGAGGGAUUCCAGAGGCUUAACGCACCUCCAAUUACGCGAGAAGGAGCUAUUAGGCUCAAUUAUUUGUUAGAGAAAGAGUGCAGGGAAAGGAGGAGUGCAUGUUACUCCGUGGGCUUCAUUUCCUCGGAGCUGCAGAGCAGGAGCUGGAUGACAUGAUGCUGCAGAGUCCGCUCACCUCCACGCCGUUUUCCGUCAAGGAUAUCCUGAAAAUGGAGCAGCAGCAGCAGCAGCAGGCCGGGUCUCUGGAGCUCCAGCACCGGGUCCAACCCCAGCAGUUACCCGGUUCUCCUCCCCAGCAGCAGCACUUCCAAACCCCACCGUCCUGCAUGCUCGCUGCGGCCCGGGAAAGUCCUUCAUUUUCGGACGGAGAGGACAACCUGGCGUACCUGAGCGCGCUGGCGGUGCGCGGAGAGGAGGACCGCGGGGACACCAGCCUCUCCCCGGACAUGUACGGGCACCCCGGCCUGCAGGGAGCCAAGCUGGAGGCCAACGAGCUGGAGGAGCAGGAGAGCAAGAGCUGCGGUCUGGUGUCCCGGCAGGAGGCCUCGGAGGGUGGGCAGGCUGACUGUGAUCGACCCGCGCAGAAGCAGCGGAGCCGGCGGAGGCCCCGCGUGCUCUUCUCCCAGGCGCAGGUCUUCGAGCUCGAGCGUCGCUUCAAGCUGCAGCGAUACCUGUCAGCCCCGGAGCGAGAGCACCUGGCGUCCAGCCUCAAACUCACCUCCAACCAGGUGAAGAUCUGGUUCCAGAACCGCCGAUACAAGUGCAAGAGGCAGCGGCAGGACAAGUCUCUGGAGGCGGCGGGGCAGCACCACCCUCCGCCGCCGAGACGCGUCGCUGUGCCGGUGUUAGUCCGGGAUGGGAAGCCUUGUUUGGGGGGAGGGCAGACGUACUCCGGUGCUCCGUAUGGAUCCAACCCGUAUACCUAUAACGGAUACCCGGCGUAUACUUACAAUAACCCCGCUUAUAACAGCAACUACAGCUGCACAUACACCAGCAUCCCCUCCCUGCCCCCCUCCAGCACCUCCAGCGCCUUCAUGAACAUGAACUUGGGAAAUGUGAGCAGCCUCGGAGGAUCAACACAGGCCCAAACUCACCAAGGGACAUCGGUCACAUCCUGCCAGGGCUCCCUGCAGGGGAUCCGGGCCUGGUAGCCUCACCAGAACUGUGUAUUUCUUUUUAUAAAUGGAGCUCUUUUAUUUUGGUCAACACAGGCUUUUAGAAGUGUGUUAAUUUGGUCAAAACUCCUCCGAAAUUAGUAUUUUAUAUUUUAUAUAUCAAGGAUGGGAGUUUGGAUUCCUGGUAGCCUUACCAGACCAGUACCGUUUCUUUUUUUGGAGCUCUUGCAAUUUGGUUUUACCCACAAGCUUUUAGAAUUGUGUUAACUUGGUCCAAACUUGGUCAGAAAAUAGUAUUUUAUAUAUAAAGGAUGUGAGUUUGGAUUCUUGUGUCAGAUGACUUGACAUUCACUCGUAUUUCCGGUAUACUUCGAGUCUAUUAUAGCUGGAAUAAGUGUGCGUAAAGGCGUCAGAGUGGCACAUAAACUGACAAAUCUUGGGUUAAAGUUCUUUUUUCAAUUAUUAUUAGUGCUCUAUUUUGGCACUUGGACUGAAGCACAGGGGGGACAUUACGCACAAGAUUUGCGCAUUUCUCCUUAUUUGAACAAAAAAGAUGGUUCAUAUUUUUCAUUUAUGUUUUUAAAAUGGUAUAUUUUUAGUCUAUGGAGAGAUGAAAUUGCUUGUUGUGUGGUUGUUUUUGGUUUAAAAGAUAACUGUUUCAUUCUAUUUCACAUCUAUUCAAAUAAA